AUGCCCUCCAGAGACAAAGUCCCAAAGCCAGGCAUAUAUGAGGCCACAGCAGCUGUACGUGUAUUGUAUAUGACUAUUUCCUCAGUAACAUUAACCCCACUUGGUACUCCCAAGCUUGAGGCAUAUCUUGCUGUUCAUACUGAGGGGAAGGCUGUUUGCCGGAGGGCUGGCUAUAAUCAUGGUAGACAGGACUGUGCACACAUUCAACAACUUACCAUGAUUGUAGCAGAUCAGACUUUAGGGAUUAAACAGGGUUUCCACGGUGACUCAGAAGCCAAUAAACCAUCACAUGUGUUUUUUGUCCACCAGUUCACUAUUCAUGUGGUGGCCAGAAUUGCUGACAAAAAUCCAGAUGUAAAAUUUGCAUACGCCGGACGCAGCAAAGAAAAGCUCGAUAAGACCCUAGAGAUGGCGCGUACGAACACCAAGUUGGAACUCAAUGACGUGGCGUUGAUCAUUGCUGACGUGAGCAACGAGGACUCCCUGCUGAAGAUGGCACAGCAAACCAAGGUCGUCAUUAACUGCGUGGGACCUUACCGCUUCUAUGGGGAGAAGGUGGUGAAGGCAUGCAUUGAAGGAGGGGCCAACCACGUGGACAUUAGUGGCGAGCCUCAGUACCUGGAGACCAUGCAGCUGAAGUAUGCCAAGGAGGCUGAGGAGAAAGGGGUGCAUAUCGUGGGCGCCUGUGGCUUUGAUUCCGUGCCGGCUGACCUGGGCACGCUCUUCUUGCAGGAGUCAUUUGAAGGUGACGUCAACUCUGUGGAAAUGGUUGUCGGUCUUCAUGAUGAGUCAUCCGGAAAUGCGCCAAUCAACUUCACGACCAUGGAGUGCGCCAUACAUGGAUUAGCUCACAGUAGCGAGUUAAAAGCCAUUCGCAAGGAGCUCUUCCCUACACCACUUCCCAAGUCCUCCUUUAAACCUGAACCAAGGGGUAAGUUGUUCUUCAGUGAAGAGGCCAAUCGCUGGUGCCUCCCCAAUUUGGCAUCUGACCGCUCCGUCGUCACGCGGUCACAGCGAGGCAUCCUUGACCUGGAGAAGAGACGCCCAGUGCAGUUCAAUGCCUACUUUGGCAUGUCCUCGCUGUCAACUGCCAUAUUUGGUAUUGUGUUUGGAAUCCUCUUCUACCUGAUGGCUUCCUUCACAUUUACCAGGUCACUUUUGCUCAAGCAUCCAGAGUUCUUCACCUUUGGCCUGUUCAGCCGGAAGGGCCCCAAACGGGAAGACCUGGUUGGUAUGAAGUUCUGUGUGACCCUCACUGGCAAAGGAUGGGAAAACAAGAUAGAGGACCCAGAACAACAGCACACUGACCCACCUACUGUUAGCAAGACUGUUACGGUUGUUGGUCCUGAUCCUGGAUAUUUUGGAACAGCUACCAUUGUGAGUCAGUGUGCCCUGACUGUGCUUCAGGAAAAGGACAAGCUCCCCAAAAGUGGUGGUGUGUUCCCCCCUGGAGCUGCCUUCCUGAAGACUACCCUGCGCGACCGCCUGCAGGACAACGGAAUCCACUUCAAAGUCAAAGAGUAGAAUCCACUGAGGUUUCAUAGGAGGUUAGAAGGGAGAAUCAUAACCAAAUUUCAUAAGGCCUUAUUAAUGCAUAAAUUCCAAAGAUGUAUUUAGAUUGUGUAGUGUGGAAGUACUGGGUUUUGAGGUGAGGGUAAUCUGUGCAAAGUAGAAUAUACUUCAGCGGAUUAUAUCCUCACUGAAAAAGCAAUAUCAAAUAAGCUAAUAAUUUUUUUUUUUUUUUUCCCCCUUCUUUUUUAUUUAAUUUGAUUUUUUUUUUUUUUUUUUUUUUUUUUUUUUUUUUUUUUUCUUAUACCUUCUCUUGGCUUUGAAGGUUUAGUCUUCAUGGAUGUUUGGAUGGCUUUUUGAGUUUUAAAUAGCAUGACAUGUUAACAGCUGAUUUCUCAAGUAGGUGACCUAGAAAGUUUUUUUUUUUUUUUUUUUUUUUUUUUUCUGGGUAUACUUUUGCUUGCUUCACUAGCAGUCACUAUGUUCGUUAUUUUCUAUACACAUUUUUGUACUAAUUUUCUAACUUAUAUCCUCGUUUUCUUUCUUUUUUCCAAAUAAAAUGGUAAUGUGAUAUGGAAUAUUUAUGAGUGAAAGUUGUCUAAUAUUUUUUUAUAGCAAAUGUCAUUGUCUUAAGGAUAGAUGAUAUGGGGGCACGAAGAUAUAUUUUCUAUGUGUAUCGACAUUGUGUAAUAGGUAUAAUGAUACCCUAAAUUAUAGUGCCAAAAAUUAUUGAAAUAAUGAGGCUGAAGAAUGCAGAACUCACUAAAGAUUGUGCCCUGCAUUCACUUUACACCUAACAGUUAACAUGUUAAAAGUGAGUGGGGGGUGAUGGGAUGAAUAUAUAUGUGUGCGUGUGUGUGGGUGUG